UGAAUGUGCUAUUUUUUCAGUCAAUAUAUAAUAAAUAUUGUCAUAUACAUGCAAAAUAUGAAGGAAAUGUUAAUGAUGCUUUUGUGCUGAUAAAUAUCAUGUUUAUCAAUUAGAAAAAUGACUUACAAAACAUAAUUUUGAUAUUUGAUUUUCAACUCGUUGCUGUGUUUGAAUAGCCUCGCUUACAAUUCGAAAUCAAAAUGGCGACGAUGAAUUUUAGGAGAGUCGAUACAAGCAUGAACGAUGUUAUUCGUGUCAAAUUCUCUUCAUUAGCGAAGAUAGUUCUUUUUUUUCCAUGUGCAUCGCUUUUUUCUUGCGUGUUUGUGUCCUUUCUUCUUCAUUGGGAUGAAGUAACAAGUACACAUUGCAAGGUACCAAAUUAUUUGCCCUCUCUGAGUGCUGCGAUUGGAGAUUACACCCCUGAGCGGUAUAUUUGGAGAAUAGGAAUAGCUCUUCAUUCGUUUGGGAGGUAUAUGGUUGCAGCAAUUUAUAUGUAUUUUUACACCCAGCUAUCAAUUGGAAAGAAAAGUUGGUUUUUCAGUUUAGCUGUGCUGAAUUUUUUUCUCAAUUUAUUGGAAAUCUUUUCAUUAUUGGUAUUGUCCUACGUCUCAUCUACAGAAAACUUUGAAGUUCAUGAAGCUGCUUUUAUUAGUUUCAUUGUAUUUUCAAUGAGCUAUAUGGUGAUAACCAGUUUUCUAAUGAAAACUUUAGCUGGCACAGAAAAAAGUGACAAGCUAUACUAUUCAUAUCAACUGAAGUUGCGACUUUUGGUUAUGUAUAUAUUUUUCUUUGGCCUGUCUGUCUACUUCUACUUCAGACACAAUGGCUACUGCGAGCCUGGAGUGUACAGCUUGUUUGCAUUGUGUGAAUAUAUUGUUGUCAUUAUCAACAUUGGGUUCCAUGUUACUGGAAUUUUGGAUUUUGAAGACUCCUAUAUCACAGUUGGUCCUCUGUUUAAUGUAGUGGACAGCACAUCGGAGAAAUACAGAUGACUACAAAAUUAGAUGGUGUUUUGAAGACGCAUUAAAUUGAAGAUAACUUUCAUAAAAAACUUUGCAAAAAUCUAGCGAGUUGAGUAUUCAUACUUUUGAAGGCACAAGAUAGUAUUUUCUUAAAGAGACCAAAUACUUAAAUGCGCCAUAGGACAUCCAUCCGUGUUGAUUUUUUUGCUAACGUUUGCAAGUGUUUUAUCUUGAGUUUGAGCUCCUGUCCCGCCCAAGCAUGUUGACCCUGAAAGAAGCAGGGGCUCGGUGCUGGGGGAGGGGUUGGGGUGGUCUAUAGGCCCUCACAAAGCAUUUUUUACAGUGGAAUUUGUAGGGAACGUUAUAGUUUGCCCCCCCCCCCCGGACGAAAAUCUAAUUCCCGUUGCAUCCUUGGAAGUUUGAUUGAACGGUAACGAAAUUCUAAGGGUGGGCUUCUACUUGAUGUGGCUUUGUCCUUCUUGCUGCCCGUCCUGAGAGUGAAGAUUGGGAGUCGUAAGAUUACGUUGUGUAGAACUUUCAUUAGAAACUAGCAUAUGUAAUAAAAUAUUAUAAUGAUAUAGUAAUAGCUAUCAUAUCAGUGAAAUGUAUACCUUGUUUGGACCUCAAUCCUGCUUGCUCCAAAAAUUUAAGAAACCUUGCCUUCUUCAGUCUAUACUCGUCUCAGAAACUUUCAAAAACUUGCAACUGAUCAUCACCAAAUUAUAAUCUGAUAAACUGGAAUGCAGGGGCGUUGGGGCUCCUAGAAGAAGGCAGGGAAAAAUAACUAUAAAGGGGCCUAUUCUUUUCAGAAAAACCAUUUUUUGCUAUUUGUGCAAGCGGGGUAGUUGGGUAAAAUAGCAUAAAUAGUAAGUACACAACAACGGCGGAAUGGCAACGGUAAUAAUAAAUUGAAACGUAGUACCUUAUAAAGAGCCAUAAACUGAGGAUUCUGUACAUUGGAUAAAUCACGUGGUAUAACAAAGUGAUUAUAGCAAGUUGAACUCGAUGAUGGAAUUGAAUUCUUUAGGAAUGUGAACAAAUUUUAUGAAAUUGAAAUCUAAACUUCAAAACGUUCUGCCCUUUUUUCAGUUAAUAAACUAGGUAAAAACCUUCUUAGCCUUCUUAGCCCCUCCCAUGAAAACACUGGGCAUUUCAAUCAUUGUCUAUUGACUGGGAAAAGGAGGUGAGAAAGGCAGAAUUAUUUCGACAAAAAUCACUUUUUAUGUAUAAAAACAAGUCAAAUUCAGUUAGUAGAUACACUUUACUUCGACUUUUUAAAAUGGCACAAUUGUAGCCAGGGUCAUAGCGUGGGGUGGGGGGUUAUUUAUUAACUGAUUUAUUAAGCAAUAUCACACCCCCAACUUAAGAUAACUCGUCGGUAGAAUUGCAUUUUUAAUACAAUGAUUUUAUACUAAAUGUAACAAAAUAAUUUCUGUCGGUAAAAUGCAGCGAGAAGGUCACGCUACGCCACUGAUUGUAGCCCAAAAAUUAGUACCGCAAGUCCUCGAAUAAGCUCCCACCUUUGAGUAAGCCCCCAUUCGAAUAAGCCCCCAAGAAAAAUUAUGUUGUGAAAUAAACCCCCAUAGGGGGGUAUUAAUCGAUUCAGAGUAAAAGCUUCAAAUCGUCUUUUUCUCACUUAGCCUCUUUCUCACAAAUUCUUGUUUUUGUUCAUAUUCUCUAUUAGUUUUUCGAUGAGAGUUGUUGCUGCCAUUGUUAUUCAUUAUCAAUCAGAGCAAGAAAUUUUGCUCUGGUAAUAUUUUAAGCUGCUGCUAAAUAAGCCCCCAUCUUCGAAUUAGCCCUUACAAAAAAUCUCCCACCCCGCAAAAUUUUUUUUUUGAAAAAAAACCCUGCGGGGGUUUACCAGCCCCUUUUAACAUAUCUGUUUUACAAUCUUGU